CCUGGAUUGCAAAACAAAAUUACCCCAAUGUGUUCAAUGUUGUUCACCAAUGGGAGACUUUUAUAGGAACGUAAAAUGCAGAGAAAAAGUAAAUUAUGCAGGAAACUGAAUGUGUAUGUGUUUAUGAAUGACAUGAGUGGCUUCGCAGAAAGAGUCGUGACACUACUGAAAUUUUCUUGCCGUUCUCAAAUUCAUGUUAAACAAAUUCAAGCGCAAAUCGUUCUUCACAACCUUCAAUCAAACACCACAAUCGCAUACAACUUCAUCACUGCGUCUCAAUCUCACAAUCUUCUCAUCUCAGUUUUACCUCUCUUCACUCUCCUCAUUCCAAAACCCCAUGUUUUCAUCUUCAACUCACUGAUCAGAGCUUUCUCCCACUCCCACAUCCCCAAUACCCCUCUCUCUUUAUACUCCCGCAUGCACAAAAACUCCAUCUUCCCCAACAAUUUCACAUUCCCUUUCCUCUUCAAGUCUCUUUCCGACACCCGCAGCUUCGUUCAAUCCCAGUGUGUCUACACCCAUGUUGUGAAACUCGGUCAUGUUAACGAUGUUUACGUUAAUAACUCUCUUCUUGAUGUAUACGCUUCGUGUGGUUAUGUUGCACUUUGUCGACAACUGUUUGAUGAAAUGCCUCACAGAGAUGUUGUGUCUUGGACUGUUUUGAUUAUGUGUUAUCGCUUUGGUGGGAUGUAUGAUGAUGCGUUGCUUGUGUUUGAACAGAUGCAGUAUGCGGGUGUGGUUCCGAAUCGGGUCACGAUGGUGAAUGCUUUGGCUGCUUGUGCUAGCUUUGGUGCUAUUGAAAUGGGGAUUUGGAUACAUGAUAUGGUAAGGAGGAAUGGGUGGGAGUUGGAUGUGAUUUUGGGGACGGCGUUGGUUGAUAUGUAUGUGAAGUGUGGAAGAGUGGAAGAUGGGUUGAGAGUUUUUAGUUAUAUGAAGGAAAAGAAUGUGUUUACUUGGAAUGCUGUUAUUAAAGGGCUAGCUUUGGCUAAGAGUGGUGAGGAGGCUGUUUUGUGGUUUAAUAGGAUGGAGGUUUAUGGAGUUAGAGCAGAUGAAGUGACUUUGGUUGUGAUUCUUUCGGCGUGCAGUCAUUCGGGUUUGGUGGAUAAGGGUCGAUUGAUAUUUAGUAUGUUGGUCGAUGGAAAGUAUGGAUUUUGUCCUAAUGUCAAACAUUAUGCUUGUAUGGUUGAUCUCUUGGCACGUGCUGGUCAAUUGAAAGAGGCUUUUGAGAUCAUGAGAUGUAUGCCUUUUGAGCCGACAAAAGCUAUGUGGGGAUCGUUGUUGAUUGGUUCAAAAUCGCAGGGCAACUUUGAGUUCAGCGAGCUUGUAGCUAGGAAACUAGUUGAGAUGGAGCCAGAUAACACUGCCUAUUAUGUUCAACUGUCGAAUCUGUAUGCAGAGGCAGGAAGAUGGAGCGAUGUUGAGAGAGUAAGGGGAAUGAUGAAAGAGAGAGAACUGAACAAGGACUUAGGGUGUAGUUCUGUAGAGGUUGAACACCGAAGGUCUGCCAGUGAAGUCUCAGCACCGUAACUCACUCUCCUAGCAUUUUCAUGAAACUUGUAAGCUGAAAUGGAAUGCUUGUCUCUCCCUCUAAAGUUGGUGUUCAAGGAACACCACCAAGUUAGUUGUUACUUCUGUUAGGGUGCUGCUGUGCUACAAUGUGUAUUUCUUGAUGGAUAUUGGUGGUUAUAUGUCCAGUGAUACUGAAGAAUGGUACGGAUGAUUGUUCGGGUAAUUUUAGUUUCAAAAGCCUCUUGAUGAUUUAGUUUGCCAACAUUUACUUAGAAAGUAGACCAUGUGCAAGUCAGUACUCCUGCAGAGCAUCAGUAUUUUGAGGUUUAGAGUAUUUUGAGGUUUAGAGUGUUUUGAGGCUAAGGUUCGAUUGAUCUUUAAUACGUAGGUUGAUGGAAAGUAUAGAUUUUGUCCUAAUGUCGAACACCUUGCUUUUAUGUUAGAUCUCUUGGCACGUGCUGGUUGGUUGCAAGAGGUUUUUGAGAUCAUUAGAUGUAUGCCUUUGAAUUCGGCGAGUUUGCAGCUAGGAAACUAGUUGAGAUGGAGCCUGAUAACACUGCUUAUGUCCAGCUGUCGAAUUUAUAUGCAGAGGUGGGAAGAUGAAAGAGAGAGUAAGGGGAAUGAUGAAAGAGAGAUUUAACCAAGGACUUGCAAUGUAGUUCUGUGGAGGUUGAAUACCAAAGGCAUGCCACUGGUGAACUCUUUGUGUAGUACUCACUCUCCUAAAGUUGGUGUUCAAGGAACACCAAGUUAGUUGUUACUUCUGUUAGGGGGAUGCUGUGCUACGAUAUGUAUUUAUAGAUGGAUAUUGAUAGUUACAAGGGAUGAUAUUGAAGGAUGCUACAAAUGAUUGCUCAUUCGCUGAGAAAGCCACUCGUAGGCGAGUCAGUGUUCCUGUUGAGUUGGUUAUUUUAGUUUGCAAAAACAACCUGUUGAGCAAUCAUUUGGGAUGUUGUUUUAGUUUACAUAAACACCUUCAAUAUUCAACUCUUGUCGUUGUGGACAAAAUUAAGCUGGCUUCAUAUGCUACAUGAUAUAGAAUUUACAAGUUGAGAUGAUAGUCCAUAUACUGCUCUGUCUUUGAUCAGAUUACAACCAUUGCAGCUUGACUUGUGAAUAUUUGAGCUUGGAUAUUCUACACAUUUUCCUACUCAACCUUAGAUAUCUUUUAAUGGAAUUCAUAUUGCAUACA